AGAAGUGUUGCAAAGAUGUCUUGUGAUUCGUCUCGGGAAGAGAAUGUGUACUUGGCCAAGCUUGCCGAGCAGACUGAGCGUUACGAGGAAAUGGUUGAGUUCAUGGAGAAAGUUGCAAAGACGGUGGACACUGAGGAGCUCACCGUCGAAGAGAGGAACCUCUUGUCUGUUGCUUACAAGAACGUGAUUGGUGCUAGGAGGGCUUCGUGGAGGAUCAUCUCCUCCAUUGAGCAGAAGGAAGAGAGCAGGGGCAACACCGACCACGUCUCCAUUAUCAAGGACUACAGAGGCAAGAUUGAGACUGAGCUCAACAAGGUCUGCAAUGGCAUUUUGAACCUGCUCGAUUCUCACCUCGUUCCUGCUGCGUCCUUGGCUGAGUCCAAAGUCUUCUACCUCAAAAUGAAGGGAGACUAUCACCGGUACCUCGCCGAGUUCAAGACUGGAGCUGAGAGGAAAGAAGCUGCUGAGAGCACUCUUGUGGCCUACAAGUCAGCUCAGGAUAUUGCUCUUGCGGAUCUUCCUCCAACUCACCCAAUCAGACUGGGGCUUGCUCUUAACUUCUCUGUUUUCUACUACGAGAUUCUCAACUCAUCUGAUCGUGCUUGUAGUCUCGCAAAGCAGGCUUUUGAGGAGGCAAUCUCUGAGCUAGACACAUUGGGAGAGGAAUCAUACAAGGACAGCACAUUGAUCAUGCAGCUUCUCCGUGACAAUCUCACCCUCUGGACUUCUGACCUCAAUGAGGAAGCUGGUGAUGAUAUCAAGGAACUCUCUAAAGCUGGUGACGAACAAGCCCAACCACCGCCAUCUCAGUGA